GACGUGCUUGUGUACCUCGCGCGGACUCGAACACGGACCCACAGCUCUCAGGCCGCGCAGGAUGGAGCAAGGCGAGAGCACCUGGAGGCAGCACUUCCUGUCCCGAAGCAACAAGCCGUCAAGCAGCAAGGACGAGAAGCCACGAAGCAGCUGGUUGUUCCGCAGGAGCAAACGGAAGGAAACCGCCGAUUUGGACCGGGUCAUCUCCCUCUCGCAGCCCGACCUCAUCUUCUCGUCUCGCCCCGACGAAGAGCCCAAAGAACGGCCACACUGCGGCACCGGCAAGUCCGCGGUGGCCCACUUGGUUCCGUCCCACCACAAGAGCUCCUCUCUCGGUUCCGCGGGCCUGGAGGGACUGGACGGAGCACCAGGAGGGGGGGCAGGGGGAGGAGAGGAGGCGACGACUACAACUGGAGAACAGCUGGACGAACAACCUGCAGGUCUGGGUGCCGGCCGGGCUUCGAGGGUCCCGCCUGAGCGGGCCGGGAUGUACAAGCUGGACGUGGAGCUGCGGCGAGGACACAACCUGGCGGUCCGGGACAGAGGAGGCAGCAGCGACCCGUACGUCAAGCUGAAGGUGGCGGGCAAAGAGGUGUUCCGCAGCAGAACCAUCCGCAAGAACCUGAACCCUGUGUGGGACGAGAAGACCACGGUGCUGGUGGACAACCUGAGUGAGCCCCUCUACGUCAAGGUCUUCGACUAUGACUUUGCUCUGCAGGACGACUUCAUGGGUUCGGCUGAAGUCCAGCUGGACUCUCUGGAGCUGCAGAGGACCACUCCUGUCACGCUGGUCCUGAAGGAUCCGCUGCACCCAGACCAGGACCUGGGUACGCUGGAGAUGGCUGUCACGCUGAUACCUAAACACAGUCCACUGGAGGAACGGAGAGACUCCAUGACCAUGCUGCUCAGGAAGUCCUGGAAGAGAUCCACCAAGCAGUCGCUAAGUCGUAAGUCUCAGCUGUGGCGAGGCCUCGUCAGCAUCGCUCUCAUCGAGGGGCGGGAUCUGGUGCCGAUGGACCCCAACGGGCUGAGUGACCCGUACGUCAAGUUCCGCCUGGGACAGCAGAAGUACCGCAGCAAGACGCUACCGAAGACGUUGAAUCCGCAGUGGCGGGAACAGUUUGACCUCCAUCUGUUGGAGGAGACGGGGGGCGUGCUGGAGGCCACCGUGUGGGACCACGACACGGCGUGCAGAGACGACUUCAUCGGGCGCUGCCAGCUGGACCUGUCUUCGCUAGCCAAGGAACAAACCCACCGCCUGGAGCUCCCCCUGGAGGAGUCCGGGGGCGGGGGCCACUUGGUGCUGCUGGUCACGCUGACUGCCUCCGCCCACAUCUCUAUCUCGGACCUCUCCGUCGCGCCCCUGGACGACCCGGGGGAACGCGGACGGAUGCUCGGACGAUACGGGGCGCUGCGGUCCUUCUCCAACAUGAAGGACGUGGGCGUGGUGCAGGUCAAGGUGCUGCGAGCGGAAGGCCUCAUGGCGGCCGACGUGACUGGUGAGGAAGUUAGCCGCAUCCGCCCGGCGAGCGUCUCAUGUGUGAAAUGUUUGAUGUCAGGUAAGAGCGACCCCUUCUGUGUCGUGGAGCUUAGCAACGACCGACUGCAGACGCACACCGUCUACAAGAACCUCAACCCGGAGUGGAACAAAGUCUUCACCUUUAAUGUGAAGGAUAUCCACUCAGUAUUGGAGGUGACCGUGUUGGACGAGGACCGAGACAGGAGUGCAGACUUCCUGGGGAAAGUGGCCAUUCCUUUGCUGCACGUGCGUAACGGCGAGCGGAAGUCGUACGUGUUGAAGAACAAGGAGCUGAAAGUCCCCACCAAAGGACUGGUCUUCCUGGAGAUAGACGUCAUCUACAACACGGUCAAAGCGGCCUUGAGGACGGUGGCCCCUGCCGAACAGAAGUUCAUCGAAGACGAGCCCAAAGUCUCUAAAAAUCUGCUCCAUCAGAAUCUGGUGCGUGUGAAGAGGAGCAUCAUGGUGGUCCUCAGCUGGGGGGCGUACAUCAACAGCUGCUUUGAGUGGGAGUCGGCACAGAGGAGCAUCAUCUCCUUCCUGCUCUUCGUGGUGGGGGUGUGGCACUUUGAGCUCUUCAUGCUCCCGCUGGCGUUGCUGCUGCUGCUCGUCUGGAACUUCUUCUUCUCACGGAGCCGCGACGCCGCCGCAGACACGCCUGUGGACGCCGUGUUAGAGUGGGACGACGAGGACGAGGACGACAAGGACGCCGAGCCGCGAGGCUUCAUGGACAAACUCUACGCCAUCCAGGACGUCUUCAUCAGCGUCCAGAACAUGCUGGACCAGGUGGCGUCCUUUGCGGAGAGGCUCAAGAACGUGCUAAACUGGACCGUGCCUUUCCUGACCUGCUUGGCCAUCACCGCCUUGUGUGUGGCAACGUUCUUGCUCUACCUCGUCCCGCUGCGCUACCUCGUGCUAGCAUGGGGUGUGAACAAGUUCACCAAGAAGCUGCGUGACCCUUACAUGAUCGACCACAAUGAGCUGCUGGACUUCCUGUCACGCGUGCCGUCUGACGUCCAGGUGAUGCAGUACCGCCAGCUGAAAACAGACUCGGGUCAAAGUCCAAACAAGCGCAAGAGGACCUACCCCAGCUAGCAAAACACAUGAACCGUGACUUUGUUAGCGUGUAAAAAGGGAAACAAAGAUUGUUUAUGUUGUUGAUUUUAUCAGCACUGGAUGCUUUUAAAGGUGCAUGUGAAUAAAAGUGCACGUGAGGCAGCUGUUUGGGGAUGUUUUCAUGUUGUUGGUGCCAUGUUAGCAUGCUGACACCGACAAACUUUUCACAAACGUGGACGCUCAGCUCUGUGGUGCACGUGGAAAUCACAUGAUGUCUUCCUGCUGCAUGAAGAAAUAUGCAAAAAAUGUGCAUGUGCGCAUGUGUGUGUGCAUGUGUGGACUUUUUAUACCCUUGUGUGUCAUCAGUGACGUUAUGUUGCAUUUUCGGCAUUUAAUGCAUUAAAAGUAAGAAUGAACGCUGA